AUGUCUCCACGAAAGAUCCACCUCCUCCGCCACGCUCAAGCAUACCACAACGUCCCACCGUGCAACUACAACAUUCCGGAUCCCACCUUGACUGAAUUGGGACUCGAACAGACGUCGACUUUCGCCCGCGAGUUCCCACAUCACGGCAAUGUGUCGGUCAUCCUCUCCUCGCCCAUGACGAGAACUCUCGAGACGGCGCUUCUAUGUUUUCCUCAGGAACACGAACAUCGACACCAUCACAAAGGACUGAAGAUAUACGCCGUUCCUGAGCUUCAAGAGACGUCCGAUCACCCCUGCGACACCGGCUCGAGUCGAGCAGACUUGGAGAAGGUGUUUGAUGGAAAGAACAUCGAUUUCAGCGCGUUGAAAGAAGGCUGGCAGCUGAAGACGGGAAGUAUGGGUGCGUAG